UCUAAUAGUAUACUCCCAAACAUAAAUCUAGUUUUAUACUAUCAAGAAACAAAUCUCAUUUUAAACUCCCAGACACAAAUCGAAUUUUAUACUCCCAGACACCAAUCUAGUACUAUACUUCCAGACACAAAUCUAAUUCUAUACUCCCAGACACCAAUCUAA